AUGGAGGAAUUUUGCUACCUCUCUCUGAAGCAUAAGAGGCAAGAGUUUACUGUUGUCAAUCUAAUUGGCACUCUUGAUGUAGAAGAGAAGGCGAGGGCAAAAGACACACGUGCUCGUUUCCAUGAGGGGAAUUCCAGUGCCAAUUUGGUACAAAAGAGAAAUUUCCAAACCCACAAACCCAAGAACAAAAACUAUGCGGGCAAAGGAAAAUUUGAUGGCAAGUACAAAGCCCCACAACCUGUCAACUUCAAGAAGAAGAAGGGUACUUAUAAGAAGAAAGGAAAGUGCCAUCUAUGUGGCAGUGAAGAACAUUGGGCUUCAUCCUGCAAGGACCGCUGGGACAUGCGUCAGAAUGAGAACAAUAGCAAGACCGCUAAUGUUGUUAUUGGCGAUGUUGACAUGAAAGAUGUCGGGUCGCAAGAACUACACCCGUGCUGAUGGGAAACGGGACACAUGCUUCUGUUCAUGGUGUUGGUACGGUCGAUCUGAAGUUUACUUCGGGAAAGAUCGUGCGACUGAAGAACGUGCAGCAUGUCCCUGCUAUAAAUAAAAAUCUUGUCAACGGUUCUUGUUUGUGUCGAGAUGGUUAUAAAUUGGUAUUUGAGUCCAAUAAGGUUGUAGUAUCUAAGUGUGGACAAUUUGUUGGGAAGGGCUAUGAGAGCGGAGGCUUGUUCCGCUUAUCUUUGUCAGACUUUUGCACUAAAGUUAUUAAUCAUGUUUGCAGUGAAACCGAA